UCCGCAGUCUCUGGUAAUCUCCUUUACUGUCUGCAGUCUCUGGUCAUCUGUACUAUAUCCACAGUCUCUGGUCAUUCCCUGUACUGUGUCCGCAGUCUCUGGUCAUCUCCUGUACUGUGUCUGCAGUCUCUGGUCAUCUCCUUUACUGUCUGCAGUCUCUGGUCAUCCCCUGUACUAUGUCCGCAGUCUCUGGUCAUCUCCUGUACUGUGUCCGCAGUCUCUGGUUAUCUCCUGUACUAUGUCCGCAGUCUCUGGUCAUUCCCUGUACUAUGUCUGCAGUCUCUAGUCAUCUCCUGUACUGUGUCCACAGUCUCUGGUCAUCUCCUGUACUGUGUCCGCAGUCUCUGGCCAUCUCCUGUACUGUGUCCGCAGUCUCUGGUCAUCUCCUGUACUGUGUCCGCAGUCUCUGGCCAUCUCCUGUACUGUGUCCGCAGUCUCUGGUCAUCCCCUGUACUGUGUCCGCAGUCUCUGGUCAUCCCCUGUACUGUGUCCGCAGUCUCUGGUCAUCCCUGUACUGUGUCCGCAGUCUCUGGUCAUCCCCUGUACUGUGUCCACAGUCUCUGGUCAUCCUGUACUGUGUCCACAGUCUCUGUCAUCUCCUGUACUAUGUCCGCAGUCUCUGGUCAUCCCCCUGUACUGUGUCUGCAG